GAUUGUGUAUGAGUGUCACUCAUAUUUGUAAUUGUAAUUGUAAUUGUGCUAAACAAUUUUCAUUAGCAUACAAUACAAAAUUGUCAGUCUAUUGAGACAUUGAUAUUUAAAUUAAAUCGUGGGAUGGAUUGAUGGUCAAGAUUUAUAUUCAUAGCCUACAUAUAUUUUAAAUUACACAAUGAUAAUGGCAGGUGACAAUAUUGAAGACAGAGGUGUCGAUAUUGACAAUGAAAGACCGGCUGAGAAACUGGACCUCUGCUUGUACUCUCACGAUGACGAGCUUCUAGAUCCUGUGGAAGUCGUUCCUUGUCCGGAGUUUCAAUUUUCUACCUUGGCCUGUUACAUCUGCAAUGGAUACUACGGUCCUAGUUUUGAAGAACCAGUAUGUGCUACAUGUCACGCAUUUUUAUUUCCCGAUGACAUUGGGACUCGACCUGCUCUACCAUUUAGCGAGAAAACAGACGAUGAAGAUUCUGGCAACGACGAACCAACGGAUUUAUUCUACAAUCCAGAGCGAAGAGUCAGUCAGCCUCAACGCUCCCGUGCUGAAGCUGCCCAAAGUUCCAACAAUGAUAAUAAUAAAGAAAAGUCAUUUUUAAAAGUAUCAGUAGACCCUGAAAUAUUCAACCACUUGCACGGUCCUGGACCCUCGAACCGCGUAUUUGAAGCCAUAAAAUUGUACCAAUCAGAAGACGCCUCGACUUCCGAUGACCCUAAUUCGCUUGAUCUGUCGGCGAUGUCACUGCACAAUAUAAUAGAAAUAAAACCCCGGAGUCUGGCUGACCGCGUGGAUGUGCUGAGCAACCACCGGCACCAGGAGCACGAGCCAAUAAUCGAACCAGGUCUGGUCGAGCGACUACCUCCAGAAGUGCUUCUUGCGGUAUUUUCUCACCUGGAUGACGUGAGCCUCUGGUCGGCUGCGAAAGUUUGUCGCCGCUGGAACGGAUUACUUUUAACUCACGUCCCUCCUCAGCAGUGGCAGCAACACGUGAAGCUCCGGUGGCCGCUUUACAAAGCGAUCUGUCAUGUCGACAACUGGUACAAAGUCUACGACAGUCUGGCUUCCUCGGUGCCCUGCAGAAGUUGCUUAGCACAGAUGUGUCUGCGUUCGAAACCCGCCACCGGGGAAGAGAAUUCCUGGCGCAGGAACAGAUUGAGGAUGGAGCUGAAGAGCUUGAGGAUCGAUCCCCCAGAAGGAAUCGAAGCCACUCCUCUAGAUGCCAUGUGCUGUCAUUGGCAGGCGACCAUCACUGGGCCCAUUGGUAGUCCUUACGAAGGUGGUUUAUUUUAUUUGUAUCUCCAAGUGCCCUACAGUUACCCAAUGUGUCCACCAGUGGUGAGAUUCCUGACUAAAAUUCUCCAUCCGAAUGUCUCGAGACACGGCGACGUCGGUAUCGAUUCAAUUCAACACAACUGGUCACUGGCUCUUACGAUAUCUAAAGUGUUGAUAAGCGUCCAGAGUUUGCUUACAGAUCCCUACUGUCAAGUUUGUAUGGAACCGGAGCUUGGUGAUAUGUACACUAAUGACCGUGAAAGGUUUGAAGAAGUCGCGAGAGCUUGGACAUGGAAAUAUGCGAUGCAUGAUGUGGGACACGAAUCAUGACAGCAGACACGAAAUUUUUUUUCGCUCUGGACAAUAAAUUUAUUUGUUAAACUUUAAAAGCGACGUGUUAUCUUUCAUGUAUCAGCUCAUGGGUGGCUGAUUGCUGAUGACAUCAGAUCAGUUUUAAGUACAGAAACGAUAAAUCAACUUUAUCUAGAGUAAUCUAAUAUAUAUUAGAUAAUUUUCCGAGCACUUGGACACGUUUUUUUAAUUUUUAUAUAAUGGCGAGUCUGGACUGUGUCGUGAGCCAUCGCCCAUGAGUCAUUUCAUUUCACGAGAGCUCUGAAAUUGUGUGGGAGGAUUUUUGGAUACGCGUGCUGACGAGGAGUCUAAAUGCUAAAUAGAUAGACGCCGUCGACUGAUUGGCAUGCUCCCACACGGUUUAUUCUUGGUGCCUGGCUUGGCGCAUCAGCUUUACGUUACUUCGUGUCAAGAAUAUUGUUUAAGAAUAAGAAUAAGACGCCAGCAAUGUUGGAUUGCCAGAGGGAAGAGGGGUAUUUAUUGUACAAUCUUGUAUGUAUGGAGUGCUUAUUACAUAUGUGUCCAUGUGUACUGUUUAUAUUGACGGAGGAUGUAAUGGAGGAUACAUAAAAAUAAAAAGAUUCAAGGGGAUACGUUACGUGACGAUUUGUUAAUGCUACUUUUACGUCUACUGUAUGUUCAACCAUGCAAAUAUACUGCAGUAAUUAAAAUUGGUAGCGAAUCUAAAUGAUUUCUUGAAAUGGAUACUUAUAUAUAUGCCAAAAAUGAAUGAUACUAAAAUUGGUCGACG